CUUCCACGUAACUGCUUCCUGUAUAAGAAUUGAGUUAAAUUUAUGUAUGACAAAAUAGUAUCAUCCCACAUCAUAUGCCUUGCCGAUUACAAAGACUGUAAAAUAAAUGGUAGAAGAUGACGGUGUGUAGCAUUCGUAUAAUAAUCUAUCUGCAGGUGGCCUGCUACUGUAUAUAUGGGAUUCAUCUUCCCCUCCCAUUUGAAUUUGAGGGAAAUCCUUACGGUUGCUUACUGCUGUGUAUAUGCGAUUCAGCUCCCCAUUCCAUUUGAAUUUGAAGGAAAUCCUUACGAUGAGGUCAAAAUUAUGGUUUGGGAUGACGGAAGUAGAUUUCGAAGGUCUGCUGAUGAUACCAUUAUUCCUGCUCAGAAUUUGGAAGCCUCGUUUUCAGUUAAACAACAUCCCGUGAAUUUGCGCCUGAGCAGAAACGAUGAUCUCACACCAGAAGUCCCCGUGUACACAGCAAACGAAGAUGGCAUCAUUAAAGAGGAUAUAAAGGAUGAUCACAAAGCCUUUUUCUACCAAGACGUAUCCAAUGGAGCAGCAGUAUUCGUACAAACAUCCCAGUCAUCCUAUUGCCUGUUUGGCAACUUUUUCAUGGAAAACGAUGAAUAUUUUCUGGAACCAAAUCAAAGAGAAUGCACAGAUUUACUGGUAAAUUCCACCUUUAGAGUAUGGCGAUCAAAUUUCUCCGAAAUCCAGAACUUUGAUAUUAUAGACGGGGACAUAGUUGAUGACUACGAACCAAUCACUAGGAAAGAGAAUGGACGUUUUAAGCGAAAUGUAGCAGACCUUAAAAUUGAGACUCUGUUUAUCAUAGACUACUCCAUCUACAGUUAUUGGUAUCACAAAGUAACCGUAAAAAAAGGGUCAGACAGGCCUCGGACCACUCGCAGCGUCAUCAGACAGUAUUAUGCCUUUGUGAUCAAUGGGAUGGACGUUCGUUUUAAAAACAUCCCUCCGAACUCAAGUGGGUUUACUAUCUCAGUGGUAUUUUCUGGUAUUUUUAUUGCAGAUAGUGAGACAAAAUCCCCUUUUACCGAAGACCACAAAGUGACAUCUGUGAUCCCAAACCAAGUGGAUUCUUCUGCUGUCCUCAACCAUACGAAAGAAUGGCUACAACAGCAGACAGGACUUCCAGGGUUCGACCACGCCAUGAUGUUUUCUCGUUAUAACUUGGCCAGUGAAUUCUACACCAGCGUUAUUGGUCGUGCGUAUUUAGGAACCAUGUGUACUCCUAAAAGUGUUUCCAUUGUAGAGGACAGUUUCAGUUUCACUAUUCUGGAAGUAGCCGCUCAUGAGCUGGGACAUAGCCUGAAUGCAUCUCAUGAUGGCUACAACAACCAAUGUAGCAGCGAUGACCAUUACAUAAUGUCAUGGUAUACUAGCGUGGAAAAAGGACAACUCAAUCCUUGGAAUUUCUCAACAUGUUCCAUUCAGUAUUUUCGAGAUCUGAUCACUAGUUUGGAUGAUCAAGGCCAAAACUGUAUGGCUAAUCUCCGAGACGACUUUGACCCAACAGCACUGGUUCCUGAAAUCAACAUAUUGCCAGGAACUGUAUAUGACGUAGACGAACAUUGUCGACACAUCGUUGGAGAAGGAUCAAGCUUUUGCAGACAUUUCUACAGCAAAAACGACUUAAAUGAUGUAUGCACAAUAUUGUAUUGCUACAAUACAAAAGAAGGAAAAUGUGUGGGUUAUCUUGGGGGAGAUGGUCUUUCAUGUGGAAAUAAAAAGUGGUGUUUGUCAGGAGUAUGUACCUUUUCUGAUUCUGCUCCAACAAAAAACGAAGAAUGCAUGUUUGGUGAUGACCCUGGCACUUUUCGAUAUGAAUUCAAAAUCAUGACAUGUAAAGGUGGUUAUUACACUGUUCAAAAUUCCCCCCAUUUGUGUUACAUUGGAGAUAUUAGACGUCGAUGUUGUGAUACUUGUUCAUCUGUCCAUACAGGCUUUUUAGGUUGUGAAUAUGGAGAUCGUCGAAAAAGUUGUAGAAGAACUUAUUGCUUUUUGUAUCGGUAUACCGCAUAUAGUUGUUGUCAAACUUGUGCAACAAAAAAAUCUACUUCUCAAAUAAAAACAACUUCACGAUCAGCUUCAUUAUCAUCUACAACAGGAACCACUUCAGAGCUGCUAGAAACAUCAACUGUAUUAAAGACAAUUGUCAAUAUUGGCAUAACAACAUACAAAUCAAGUAAAUCCUCUAUAUUAACAACAACAACGGCAACAUCAAAAAGGAUGACAACAGACACACUUCAAAAUACAACGGCGAUAAAGGAAUCUUCGUUGACUCUGUACACAGCAAAUGAAGCAACGAUGAAAACAAGACUAUCUACCACCGGUUCAACGGCACCAAUCCCAACUGUCACUUUAAUGCCAAAUGAAGUCAGCAAAUCGAACACCUUAAGCACAUCAACAAACCAAUCACCGAGUAGUAUCACGACAGGAACGAUAACAUCUUCAUCUGUAUCAUCAACAUCAUCCAGUAGUACUUCAUUACAACCACAAACAACAAUUAGUACAACAACACAAUCACCAAAAACAUUAUCAUUAUCUAGUUCAACAAUACUAUCUCCAACUACAUUAUCUAGUACAAUAACACAAUCAACAACGACAUUACCUAGUGCAACAAUGCAACUGCCAACAACUGCAUCUAGUACAACAACACAACCAACAACAACAUCCAGUACAACAAUACAAUCCCUAAAAACAGUAUCACAUACAACAAAACAGUCACCAAAAGCUGAAUCGAGUCAAAUGACACAAACACCAACAACUGCAUCGAGUCCAACAACACGACCAUCAACAACUGCAUUUAGUACAACAACACUCUCUCAAGCAAAAUCAUCUGGUACAUCAACAAAACACCUAACAAAAAAAGUGACUCAGAGAAAGAUGAUGUUUCAAAUUUCUUUAAACGUAUAUGAAAAAAAUACUGAGGAGUACGCUUAUGUUGUUGGUGAUUCUAAUAAAACCCUCUUUAGCCUGUACCAAAGACAGCUUGGGGGUAACUUUAGAAAACUUCAGGUGAAGUCUGUCAGACUCGAUCCGCUGAUCAUUGAUCACGAUAUAUUUAUUGAAAAUUCGCCAACGACAUUAGUUGAUGUAGUUAACAUUUUGAAGAACAUAUCUGAUGGGAAAACUAACGUGACGUAUAACGGAAAUGACGUCAAAAUACUUUUCGUUUCCUAUACCGAUUCAACGAAUAAUCAAGUGUUGAUCAACGACAAAACAGACCCUAAAACGGUGAUUGAGGCAAGCUUUGUAUGUACUUCGGACGAGUCAUGUGAACGAACAUCCACCACGAGCAAUGCUGACAAAGAUGAUAUACCAACUUCCAUAAUUAUUUCCAUAGCUGCGGUAACUGCAUUGAUUGUCACAUGUGCAUUCACCAUUUCCAUGGCAUGCACGAUUUGCAUGCGCAAGGAGAAACCAAAAGACCGACCCCAAUAUACCCUCGUACCUUCACAUGCUAAAGUACCGGUAUAAAACGGUUUAUUUAAAAAAAAAUAACAAACCAAUAUGACAGUUCCAAAGGCGAUGUGUGAAUUUUCCCUGAUUUUGACGGAUAAAAACUCAGCUGUAACAGUCGAGGUCAAAAAUAUGGUACUAUUGAUAUGAAAAUUCACAUGAAAAAUACAAGUAAUACAGGAACAAUUAUAGAGAGAAUAUAUUUUACAUCUGCAUUUUUAUAAUAAAAAUACUAAUAUUUAAUCAAA